UUUCCAUUCGUUGAACACGUAUUAUUUAUUCCCAAUAAUAGAAAUGCUGUUUAGCUUCAUUUAUAUAUUUUUGUUGAUUUGAAAUAUAAAUUAACUUGUUAAUGCACUAGUUCUCAUUUACCAAUCACGUAUUAAGGCAAAUAUGAGGUGCUCGUAUAAUAAACUCACAAAAGUGGAUAUAAUUUAAGAGGGUCGUUGGAGAAGAAUUUACUUGACUUAUAAAAAAAAACUGAUUGCGCAAAAAUUAUAAAACCUUCAUGAAAAAAUUAGUGUACGUUAAAAUAGGAAUUUCGCUUUAGCGCGUACUAUGGACAAUAAUGUACACGGAGCGACACAAAACGGCAGCAACAAAAGCAAUAACAUCACGGCAAGUGCAGUAUCAGCGGCGGAGGUAAAUAACGCUACAACAACGGCAACAACUACAGAAUUGAUAACCAAUAAAAACAAUAACAUCGGAGGCAGAAGUGGGAGCUCAUCAUUUUGGAAGAAUAGCGGUCGAUUGGUGCCGGGACGACCGAGUCCAAAGCGUGGUGACAUCAAAAAUUUUAGCGGUGGAGGGGUAGGUUUGGUCGGUGGAAAAAGUGACGGUAUGGUGUCAACAUUUCGUGAUUAUCAGCAGUCGGUUAGUGAUGCUUGGGACAUGGGUGAUGACGAAUUCUGUAUAAUAUCCGGAGCAGAAGCAAGUGGUUCAUCGGGUAAAGAAUCGCGUAUAUCAAAAAAAGCAGCACAAACCGCAGCUAUAAAUGUAAUUGAAACGCAUCGAAAUUCGGCAAAUAUUACCACCGCCCGAUUAGCAGCAGGACCUACCACAGUGUCAGCAACUGCUGCCAAUCUAGUGCCAACAACAGAAGAACAAAAAUGCCACAACUCGCAAAAUUCGAUCCAAAGAACUGAAGAAGCAGAACAAACCAAUGAUUAUAAAAAUGAUACAGAAGCCAGAGUUAAAGUAGUGCGAAAUUUCCACGCUUAUCCCGGACGUCCACAGUUGCAAAAAUUUAGCUCGAAUACCCAAGAGACGGAAUAUGAAACGAAAAUCGAAAAAUUUCAACUUCUACUUGAAUCGCCACUUUUAGACUUGGUAGCAUUGAAGAAGUUGAGUUGGUCCGGGGUGCCGAGAAAGAUGCGUGCUGUUAGUUGGCGUUUGCUAUCAAAAUAUUUACCACCAGCUGCGGAACGAAGAGAUGCGGUGCUCGAAAGCAAAAGACAAGGUUAUCAGGACUUAAGACAUAACUAUUUCAGAGUUGACAGUCAGGAUGAGUCCCAGCAGGACACAUACAGACAGAUACAUAUCGAUGUGCCACGCAUGAAUCCGCAGAUAUCACUUUUUCAACAGAAGUUAGUGCAGGAAAUGUUUGAACGCAUUUUAUUUAUAUGGGCGAUACGUCAUCCAGCUUCUGGCUAUGUGCAGGGUAUAAACGAUUUGGUAACACCGUUUUUUAUAGUCUUCAUGCAAGAAGUUUUGGAACCAGGCACUGAUUUAGAAAAAUUUGAUAUUAGUACCUUAUCUAUGGAUAAAAGAGACGCAAUUGAAGCAGAUUCCUUUUGGUGUCUAUCUAAAUUUCUUGACUGCAUACAAGAUAAUUACAUUUUUGCACAGUUAGGUAUACAAGAAAAGGUGAAUCAAUUAAAAGACCUCAUACAAAGAAUUGACGGAAAUCUCCAUCGCCAUCUGCAAGCGCAUGGCGUUGACUAUCUCCAAUUCUCUUUUCGUUGGAUGAACAAUUUAUUGACCCGUGAGCUACCAUUACAUUGCACCAUACGAUUGUGGGACACAUACCUUGCAGAAUCUGAUGGUUUCGCUCUCUUCCAUUUGUACGUAUGUGCGGCAUUUCUGUUGCAUUGGAAGGAUCGUUUAAUGCAACAAAACGAUUUCCAGGGUCUAAUGCUACUGCUACAAAAUCUGCCAACGGAAAACUGGUCUGAUCGUCAAAUAAAUGUUUUAGUUGCCGAAGCGUUUCGCCUGAAAUUUACCUACGCCGAUGCGCCAAAGCAUUUGGAAGCGAAAAGUUGACACCAAAAGAAUAAAUAUAUUUACGAAUUCGUGGCAUAAAUUUGAAUAACAGAAUACACGUGGUUUUACUGCAAGUGUACGAAUGCUUAUUUAUUCUCUAAACAGGCGAUUAACUGCAACAAUAAUCCAAAUAUAUAAAAACAAAAUAAUUUAGCAUAAAUAUGCGGUUAUAAUAAUAAAUCAUUUAUUAUUAUGAAUUAAUGCAAAUAAUUUGUAUAUAUUACAUAAAAAAAGUUUAACUCAACGAUGCAAUUUUUUUUUUUCCUGGUGAAUCAUAAUUACGACGCGUCUAUCAAAUAUUGAAAUGUAAACAAAGUUGCAAUUCUUUUAUAUAUUAAACGUAAAAAUAAAAUUAAAGCGAAUUGGUAUCAUAAAGAACUCUUAAAAUUAUUUAAAAAUAUGAUGCCCAUUCAAACAUAAAUACAAUCCAAUACAAUUUUACAUACACCAAAUUAAUAGUUUGUCUGUUUGUUAAGAACGGGCCUAUUUAAAAUCUACUAACUUUCUACUAAUGCCUGCAAAAGAGUAUUAAAGAAGUUACCAAAAUAUAUAGUUA